GGCUGCGUGCUGGUUGGAGAACCUGCCGCCAGACAUCCAGUGUGUCUCAGGCGGUGUAGCAGCGUCGCUCCCCCGCAAAAACACCAGCUCCAAACACCGGGCUCCAGCGGCUCCUUCCCUCUCCAGCCUCCCGCGCACACCGCUGCACCGGCGACACUGACGAGGACGCGCCGCUGAAGGCUGUGGAAAGGACUGUAACGGUGGUGAAAAUGGUGAAACUAGGGAGCAAUCUCCAGGACAAAGGGGCCAAAGCUGUGAGUGUGGAGGACGGAUUCCAAAAUGUUCCCCUCAUCACUCCUCUGGACGUGGGCAGCCUUCAGAGCCACGCACCUGACAAGGUGGUGGUGAAGACGCGCACUGAGUACCAGACCGAGAAGAAGAGGCUGAAGGUCCCCAAAGUAGAAGAGUUCACCAUCAGCUUCACCGACGGAGUCUCUGAGAGACUCAAGGUGACCAUCCUCAUCAUCCUGGCCCUGGCCUUCCUGGCCUGCAUCGUGUUCCUGGUGGUCUAUAAAGCCUUCACCUACGACCACGCCUGCCCGGAUGGAUUCAUCUAUAAACACAAGCGCUGCAUCCCGGCCUCUCUGGAGGCCUACUACGCCGCUCAGGACGCUAACUCAAGGGGCCGCUUCUACACCGUGAUCAGCCACUACAGCAUGGCCAAGCAGACCACCUCGCACUCUGUCUCGCCCUGGCUGGGGGCGGCGGGCCAGCAGCACGACGCCAAACCGCCGAGCAGCGACAGCCACUGAGCCGACGGGAGGAAGUGGCAGGUGUCGAGAUGUAAACGCCUCCAUAUAUAUACCACUAAGACGACGUGCAUGCAGGCGAACAGGCUGUGUAGUUUCACUGGGAUACAACCUUUAGAGUCACAUCUGCUCUGAGUUCCACGUCUGACCCCCAACCGAUUGUUAUUUUGUGACUCCUUUUUUACUAGAUGGAUGUUUGGAACUGUAAAAAGGCAUGAGGCGACGUGUCUAGCGCAUCUCACCUACGUGUUUUCUCGGGCAUGUCUGUCCUCAUGGCCCAAAAUCUCCCUGGUCUUGUUGAGCGGCCCUGACCCCUGACCUCUUCUGUGCUCUUGAUUUCAGAUGCUUACUUUGUCGGCUCAUGUUUUCGUGCUGUAAAUUGAACCCCCCCCCUCCCCGACUGAGCUGCACAUAGACUAGUGUGUGAGCCCGCGCGGCUUCAUUUGUACAAGCUGAACACAAUAUUGUUAGUUGCCAGACUCGAAGCGCCAGUUUUCGGUGGCCUGUCUGAGCAUUUCACACAAUAUGGAGUUUGGAAAGACUCGUUCGCCAGCUUGACUCGCCUGUGAGCACUUUCUGUUGAACGAUGUUGUCGAUGAGAAUAUUGUGACGCUGUUAGUCGAUAUGUAGCAACCCUGGUGAACCCGUGCAUCCAUGUCUCUCUUCUCUUGGUUUCAAACGUGAAAUAAAACAAGCUGUGAACUGUUUCUUUUGCUCUCAUUUAUCACCA